AUGGCAGAUCUCGCUCGAUUACCCCGGUCAGAACUGACACCACAAGACCUUGCACGUCUGGAAGAAUACGAGUUUAAUAAUGGUCCGUUGUCGGUACUUCAAAGUGCGGUACAGGACCACUCACCGGUACUCAUUUCGUGCCGCAACAACAAAAAACUACUUGCACGCGUUAAGGCCUUUGAUCGACAUUCCAACAUGGUUUUGGAGAAUGUUAAAGAGAUGUGGACAGAAACUGUGAAAGGCCCUAGCGGCGGGAAACCAAAAACUGUGAACCGGGACCGGUUCAUUAGCAAAAUGUUUCUGCGUGGUGAUUCCGUCAUUCUGGUCCUGAAAAGUACUUAA